AUGGGGAGAGAUGCCGCGGGUUGCGGGACAGGCGCGGGGUCAGCCGCGGGAGUUCCGGCAGCGGAGGUGGAGCGACUAAGCGAGCGGCUGUCGCUGGUGGCGGACCUGCGACUGCCGCAUGCGAUGGAGAGUCGCGGCGACGCCGUGACCUCCGGAGAGAAGAAGGACCACCUUGCUUCCUUACUACAGCGCGACCCGGCCGUGUUCCUAGAGCGGUACGGAGGGUUGCUGCGGGAGGAGGAGCUGCGGGCGUUUGAUGGCAUGGCGGGGGACUAUGAGAUCGCAUGGCACAUGCGACGACUGCGUCCCUCCAACCACCCGUCAUCGCUGCACCCGUCGGCCGCUGCUGUAGUGAAGAACCGUCGCCUGGCGUUCAUGACUCGCCUGGAACGGGAGGGCGUGUUUUUCAGCGAGGAGGCAAUGAGGGAGAGAGAUCCCCUACUGCACCAGGAUUACCUGGGAGGAUUCGACAGAGCACCCGGAGCAGUGGCGGCACCAGCAGGGAGAGGCGAGGAAGGAGGGGGGGAUGGAGGCGGAGGGGUAGGGGGAGGAGGGGGGGAAGGAGGGGGAGGGGGAGUGGGUGCGGGAGUAGGAGCAGGAGUGGCAGCGGGAAGGGGGAUGGGGGGCAGUGCAGAGGGUAUGUUUGUGGCUCGGCCGGGGGAGAGAUUGUGGGAGAUGCUUCUGCGGCAGACUGAUGAGGUGGCGAUACAGCAAGCUCUGGUGCGAGAAAGGAGGGAGCGAGAGGGAGGAGCGAGAGGGCGAGGUGGGCGGGGAAGUAUGAUGGAGGAGGAAGAGGAAGAGGAGGAAGAAGAGGAGGAGGAAGAGGAGGAAGAGGAGGAAGAGGAGGAGGAGGAAGAGGAGGAGGAGGAAUGGAUAUGA